GCGACUACUUGCUCAGUGGACGCGACAACACAACCUUUUGUCUCUGUAAAGCAACCAUUGCUGUCGGCCUGUUCCUGGGCAAGCUUGUUAUUGGCUGCUACCGCAGCUAGACUGUUUACUUUGUCAGGACAGGCUCGCCUUCCUCGAUCCGACGGCUCGUUCUUGCGACUAUCUGCACAACACAGCGAGAUGCAACAGAAUCGAAAUAGAAAUCACACCACCAUAUUGAAAUCCAGUGGCUAAAAUGCCUAGCGCUUUGUCAAUGGAAGAAGAGCUCCAGCUGAGCGUCGUUGUCUCGGGGGAAAGCGACUACCAGAGUGACGACGCGGCGCGACCUAAGAGAUCCACAGGGAUCGCAAACGACAGUAGAAUGCGAGACGAAGGAACAGACCAAGAUGCCUCAGGGGAGGAUGUAGGACUCGAUGAGGAUGCCUCGGGCGAAGACGAGAUCAUGCCCAACGCGCCAACAGCAGCUCCAGUUGGCCGCUCUGAGGCAGAGGACAGUGAUGAAGAGGAUGAUUCCAGUGCCGAGAAUGGCGCAGGGAACGAGAGUGUGGCAUCCGCCGGAGACUGGGAUGAAGCUAAAGAAGAAGAGGAGGAUAUUGCGCCAGAGCCUGUUGUGAUUAAGAGGAAGCGCGGAAGACCCCGCAAGCGCAAGUCCUCGUCAAUGGAGAUCGACGACGAUGCCCUAGCAAUCCGAAAACGACGACGAAAUCCAUUGUUAGACUUCGAGUCAGCCGCAGAUACCGGUGACGAUCAGCAGACCAACGAUAAGACCUCACGAACUAUGCGGUUGAAGUCAACACGACCACCGCCUCCAGUAUCCAUCGAGACCAAGACAGAUGAUUCCUUGGUAGUAAAAAUCCAAGUCCGACCUGGCAACCUGAAAGAGAUUUUAUCGAGGAAGAAGCGAGAUAGACGUGAUAGGGACAGAAAACGCGCUGCGGCUGGCCCGGGGCGACCACCGAAGAAUACCACAUCGUCCACACCAGCUUUGGAUGUACCAUUUUCUGCUCUGCCUACCCCAUUUGGAGCUGUAUCAUAUUCACAGCCCUUCUACUCGUUCUUCGACAAGGAUACAGACGAGGCUAAGGGCAAACCCUACGGUGGCAUUCUUAACGAAGCUGAGGCUGACACGUCCAAGACCAUGCCAACGGCUGAUGACCGCCGCAAGUUUGACAAUGCUAAACAGAUUGUCAUUGAUGAAUGGAAGAUAAGAGAGCUGGAAAAUGAAGCCAACAUGGAAGCACCGGUUCGAAAAAGCAGGAAAACGGGUGACGAUGCCAGCAAAAUUCGAUGUAUUGAAUUUGGCGGAUGGGAAAUCGACACAUGGUAUGCCGCACCAUAUCCUGCUGAGUACAGUAUAAACAGAGUGCUCUACAUCUGUGAAUUCUGUUUGAAGUAUAUGAACUCAGACUAUGUUGCGUGGAGACACAAGCUGAAAUGCGGCACUAAGCAUCCUCCUGGAGAUGAAAUCUACCGAAACGGGUCCAUUUCUGUCUUUGAGGUCGAUGGUCGAAAGAACCCAGUAUAUUGCCAGAACCUCUGCUUACUGGCUAAACUAUUUUUGGGAUCCAAAACGCUCUAUUACGAUGUUGAGCCUUUCUUAUUCUAUGUGUUGUGCGAGUUCGACGACUAUGGCUAUCAUUUCGUGGGAUAUUUCUCAAAAGAGAAGCGAGCGAGCAGUCAGAACAAUGUUUCCUGUAUUCUCACUUUGCCCAUUCAUCAGAGAAAAGGAUACGGAAACCUCUUGAUUGACUUUUCUUAUCUGUUGACCCGUGUAGAGGAAAAGACGGGCUCGCCAGAGAAGCCACUUUCCGACAUGGGCCUGGUGUCAUACCGAAAUUACUGGCGCCUCCGCAUGUGCCGGUACUUCCUCGAUACACUGGAGUCUGGUGCACAUAGAGAAAACGGACUGAGCAUCAAGAAGAUCUCCGACGACACUGGUAUAACUGCAGAUGAUGUUGUCGCUGCUCUUGAAGGCCUGCGGGCUCUUGUGCGCGACCCAGAAACUAAGCUGUAUGCCUUCCGCAUUGAUCUUGAGUAUUGCCGGCAGUACUGGGAUAAAUGGGAGUCCAAAGGCUACGUUCAACUGGACCCGGCGGCCCUUGUGUGGACGCCGUACGUCAUGGGCAAAAGCAAUGCAGUCAAUUUUGAACUUGGGCCCAUCAACGCUAUUGCCUCUCGUGAGGAUGACGAGGCGAAAGUGGACGAAGGCCCGAAUGGUAUUAGCACCGUGGAUGAGGCUGGCGGGGUCCUACCAGAUUCGUUGGUCAAUGGCGAUCUGCCUGAGGUAAUCGUUGGUCACGCGUUGCCCAACCAGAACCAUGAAGGAGAUGAGAAGGAGGAUGAUCCUCCAAAGGAUGAUACAAUGGUCGAUGCUGACGGCGACAACUGGGAUGCGCCGUACAAGGACAUCCCUCCUUCCAGAUUUGAGGUCUUUCCUGCGGUGAGCGGGAGUAGACGUGAUCGCGGUCGUCCUGUUGGGCGUCCGCCUGGGUCUCGAUCAGGUAAUACGCCCAAGAGACGUCGCUCAGGACCUGGUCGACCGCGCAGCAGUACUUCAAGACGCAGGAGCGGAGGCACUGGUAGAGGACCAGGUCGUUGGCCCAAGGGAACCAAAAAGGCAGACUAUGGAAAUGCUGACAGCGGUCCUGGAAUGCCACCUACUUGGCAACCAGGAGACCCAAUGGAAGGGGUUUACGAUGCUAGCCAAACACCAGGUUACUCUACUGAUGCGACUGCACAGGUGGCUGUUCCACCUGAGCUCAAUGGCUUGCCUAGAAUGACCGGGGUACCGAUUCCUGUACCGCCUGGUGCUAUCGACGAUGAAUCGGAAGAGGAGGAAGAGGAAGAAGAGGAAGAAGAGGAAGAAGAUGAUGAGGAGGAGGAUGAGGAGGAGGACGAAGAGGAAGAGGAUGAAGAAGAAGAGGACGAUGAAGACAGGGAGAGUGGGUCAGGGGAAGAAGACGAGGAUGAUGAUGAGGAAGGCGAUGAGGACGAGGACGGAGAAGAAGAGGAUAAUGAUGAGGAAGAAGAGGAAGAAGAGGAAGAAGAAGAGGAAGAGGACGAUGACGUUGAUGCGUCUGGAGAGGAGGAAUAGGAGAAGAGGGACUAUAUCCUGUGCAGAAUUUCUGCGGAGUUUCGAUUGGCGCUUAGGUUCUUGGGUCUCUUUUAGUGGUUUUUGUUUUCUUUUGGGUUCAGAGGCGUCUCGGUGGAAGACUGUAAUCAUAGGGUACGGGGCAUUUAGGUACAUUAGCGCGCAGAGAUGGAAUUUCACGUUUUAACACAGCCAAAUUUGGUUACUUUGCAAUUUCUAUGCGACUGACUGUUGUAUAUGCUAUACGUAUAGGGUCUGUUGAUAUUGUCCUAGGAGGGAUACAGUAGG